GGCCUCUUCAGUCAGCUCCGCGGCGCCGUAACCCCCGCCGCAACUGGCGGGCCCAUUAAGUACUGGGGAGGUCCCAUCGUAGCCGGUAACCCCACGGUGAACAUCUACCAUAUCUACUACGGCAGCUGGCCGUCGGGGUCCGGCCAGGACUACAUCGACAACUUCGUUAGGUCUUUAAGUAGCGACUCGGGCGCGCAGGGCUCGUCGAGCGACCCGACGGUGAAGGGUUGGUGGGCGAUCACGUCGAACUACUAUCAGUCGAGCAGCGGGGCGAAGAAGAACGUGAGCUCCAAGGUGCGGCUCGCGGGGACGACGUACGACAACUACUCGUACGGCAAGGCGCUCACCGACAACUACGUGCUCUCCGUCGUCAAGAGCAAAAUUGGAUCUGGCAAGGCCUUCGCGUACGACCCGCACGGGAUCUACGUGCUUCUAACGAGCAAGGACGUGACUCUCUCGUCAGGCUUCUGCAGCCAAUACUGCGGAUGGCACACCACCGACUAUAUCGGGUCAUCCCCGUUCUACUACGCGUUCGUGGGUCACCACGCCCAGUGCCCCAACUCGUGCGGCGUAAAGAGCACCUCCCCCAAUGGCAACCCCGCUAUAGACGCCACCAUUUCAACGCUCGCGCACGAAAUUACCGAAGCUGCUACGGACCCGGAUGUGCAGUCUGGCUGGUUCGACGCGGGUGGGGAGGAGAAUGGGGAUCUUGCUCGUGCACAUCGGUCGCAUGAAGGGCAGAUAGCUGAGAUGAAGUCUUAG